CCCAGUUGAUAGAAAGGUGGAGCUGGAGAGUUGAGAGACUGUUGGAGAUGCAAAUCGGUAGAGUCGAAGAAGAUCAAGGGAGAGAUCAACAAUCCACCCAACGGAACCGGAACCAAAAUAAAAUUUCGGUUUAGUUAAGUUUGAGCAUCAAGCAAAAUCGCUCGGUUUAAAAUGGUCUGGUUCGGUACAAUUUGUUAUGAUUUCAGAAUCCUAGCUGAUUAGGGGGUAUAUGCAUCUGACCUCCGGCACCGACUCACCGUAAAAUUAGCCGGAGAAUCAAUCACAUGAGAAUCAGUGUCAUGUCUCAAAUGCACCGAAGCUUCUCGAUCGAUUUGCCUUCACUGAUCCCUCUGCAACUUCCAUCUCGUAGGGAGACUCACCUAUGGUAUGUUAUACCAGAUGAAGUGAAAAGCACAUCUCUUUUGAAACGCUACUCACAACUUCUCUCGCCAAUUGAGAAAGAUGGAGUUGAUCAGAUGCGUGGCGAUGAGCUCAAGAAGAAUGCUUUGCUUGCCCGCACCUUGGUUCGAACCACCAUUGCUAGAUAUCAGACAAACAAGGAGGUCGAUCCUCGAUCCUUGAUGUUCAAGAAGAACGUGUAUGGGAAGCCUGAGGUAGAUUGGCAGAACUGCAAUAACCAGCCAUUGCAUUUCAACAUCUCCCACACAGACUCUUUAAUUGCCUGUGGGGUGACAGUACAUGUUCCCGUUGGUAUUGAUGUUGAAGACAAGGAAAGGAAGAUAAAACAUGAUGUCUUAGCAUUCGCAAAAAGAUUUUACUCUGCUGAUGAAGUGAACGUUUUGGCAACUAUACUGGAUCCAGAAGUUCAGAGAAAGGAAUUUAUUAAGCUAUGGACUCUUAAGGAGGCAUAUGUGAAAGCAUUAGGAAAAGGCUUCUCCGCUGCACCUUUUAAUACCUUCACAAUCCAGUCUAUGCCUGGAACAGAGGGAGCCUACAACCUUUGCAAGACAUCUGAAGUGACAGCCGAUCCACCGGAGGAGACAAAGAAAUGCAACGGAGGAUGGAAGUUUGCCCUUUUUGAUUUGGCUGAUUCUCAUUAUGCUGCAGUCUGUACUGAAGAUGAUCAAGCUAACGAAGGAGCUCCUACGAAGAUCAUUGUUCGGAAAACCAUCCCCUUUGUAGAAGACCAACUUAUUUCUGAAAGAAUAUUUCUGUAGUUUAUAUACAUCCUCUGUAGUACACUUUCUGAGCAUUGUGUUUGUGAGACUAUGGGAGAAUCACCAGUAAUCCUUGCACGAGCA